CGUCCCCGGCUCCGUGCGGUGCAGCACUCCGCUUCCUGGGUCCCAGCGGCAUCUCGUGGGGGCCAGCCAACAUGAGCCACAGCAGCUCCUUGGGCUCCGGGAGCCUGGAGCGCCCCCGCGACGCCUCACCACCCGAGGAAACUGCCAAUCAUCCCACGGAAUUCCCAGUCACCCGGGAACAGCUGAACCACUACCGGGAUGCGGCUGAAAAUGCUCAAAGUGAACUGGCUGCAACUUUGGUCAAAUUCGAAUGCGCUCAGUCUGAGCUUCGAGAGCUCCGCUCCAAGAUGCUUUCUAAAGAAGUUUGCUGUCAAGAGCUGAAGGCUGAAAUGGAGAGCUACAAAGAAAACAGUGCCCGAAAAUCAUCUCUCCUCGUCUCUUUGAGGGGCAGAGUGCAGGACCUCCAAGAGGAAUUGGCAGCUCUUUCUGCUUCUAAAAUCCGAACAGAGAUCUCUGCUCACACCACGAUGAAGGAGAAUCAGGAACUAAUGAAGAAAGUCCUAGAAUUGGAUGAAAAAUUACAAAACUGUUCAAAGGAAAGUGAGGAGGCUAAGAAACAAGGCUCAGAGAAUCUCCGGAGACAUGAGGAAUUGCGGACUCAGCUCCGCGACUGCUUGAGCCUAGACAAGAAGCACGAGGAAGAGUCCGAUGAAGAUUUCAUUUUAAAGCUUAGAGAGCUGUGCAAGGAAAACACGUUCCUGAAAGAACAAAUCAGUACUCUUGAAGAGACUAUAAAUGUCCAUGAGAUGGAGGCAAAAGCUAACAGAGAAACGAUCAUGAGGCUGGCGGCGGAAGUCAGCAGGGAGCAGAAAAGAGCUGCCUCCUGGGCGCUGGAGAAAGACAAGCUGAAUCAGGACUUGCUCAGUGCUGUGGAAGCAAGAACAGCUCUAGAAAAGGAAGCUAAGCUCUCCCGAGAAAGGCUGCUUGCUGUGCAGCGAGCCUGGGACGCUUCGAAGCAAGAGCUGACCCAGCUGAGGAAAAGCUGCCAACAGCUGGACCUGAGCUUGACCGCCAGCAGGGAUGCAGCCGCAGCCUGGCAAAGCCAGAGCUCCUCCUUCAGGGAGAAGCUCGCUGCUGCGCUUCUUUGCGGCGGAUUGGAUAUGGCUGGGUCCACGGAGGGUGCCAUAUUGGAGAGGGUUCGAGAGCUCGGCAUCCAGGAGGAGAGCAAGAAGAAGAUGGUCUCUCAGCUUGAAGCCCAGAUAUCAGACCUUGUCGAGCAGUUGGGAAAUGAAGCCGAGCUUCACCGGAAAGCCAUACAGAGGGCCCAUGAGGCAGAGAGCAAGUUGGAGGUCCUUCAGGGUCAGCUGAGUCACCUGGAGGGAGAGCUGCUUUCUGGAGACAUCGUGAGAGACAACUUGAAUCUUGAGAAACAGAAAUAUCUGAAGUUUCUGGAUCAGCUUUCAGAGAAAGUGAAAUUGGGCCAGAUAGCUGCGGAACUUGGCUUUGACAUGCGUCUGGACGUAGUUUUAGCUCGCGUGGAGCAGCUAGUCCGCCUCGAAAGCAAUGCUGUCAUUGAAAACAAGACCAUCGCUCACAACUUACAGAGAAAGCUAAGGACUCAGAAAGAAAGGCUGGAGAGCAGAGAAGUGCAUAUGAACCUCCUUCGGCAGAAAAUUACCCAGCUGCAGCAGGAGAAGCAGGCACACACAGCCUUGGCUCUGGAGAGGGAUGAGGCUCAUCUCGCUGUCAGGAAGCUGGAGAAGAAGGUGGAGAGGAUGCAGAAGGAGCUGAGUGCGUGUCGGGAACACAACACUGAGCUCAAAGCCAAGUUGGCCGACACCAACGAACUCAAGAUUAAAACUUUGGAACAGACCAAAGCCAUCGAAGAUUUAAACAAAGCCCGAGACAAGCUGGAGAAGAUGAAGGAGAAAGCAGAGCAAAAGCUUAUGUCGGUCAAGUCCGAGCUGGAGACUACGGAGCAGGAGGCUAAAGAGCACAAGGAGAGGGCCAGGGCCAUGACAGAGGUGGUCACCAGCGAGCUGAGGACCCUGAAGAAGACUCUGGAAGAAGCUGAGAGGAGAGAACAGCAGCUGGUGGACUUCAGGGAGGUGAUUUCCCAGAUGCUGGGCUUGAACUUGACCUCUCUGGCGCUUCCUGACUAUGAGAUCAUCAAAUGUCUGGAAAGACUGAUCCACUCACACCACCAUCACUUCGUGACCUGUGCCUGCCUCAAAGACAUGACUGCUGAGCCAGAGAAUUGCUCGCCAUGCCACUUAGAACUUCUGCAUUGAUCGCUUGCCUCCUGGAGGGAGGAGAGGAGAGACGGGGGACGAUUCUCAAGUGGUGCAGCUCAAAAAUUCCUCAUAGUUUUGAAAUUUGGCCAGCGUGUGUCGAUUAUAGACUUUGGUGACACAGUGAGAAUAUAUCACGGGAACAAAAAGUCUUCCAAAGGGCCAUCCCUAGGGCCAGGAGACGGCUCAGCAGGUGAAAGCAUUUGCUACAAAGCCCGGCAACCUGAGUUCGAUCCCUGGGACCCACACGGUAGAAGGAGACAAUUGACUCUUGCAAGUUGUCCUCUGCCCC